UGAUGAGUUAUACCCAGAAGAUCCAGAUUAUACAGGCGAAAAGAAAAUAGCUAUGUCCACAGAUAAGACGGUUGAAGAUCUCAUGAGAGAGGGUGAUUCUAGGUUUAGAAGACCCUUGCUUCUGUGAAGCAGCGUGUUAUGAUUAAUAUCUCCUUCACAGUAUUCUGGCUAAUUCUUCUGAACAUGAAGAUGACUGGAAAAUUAGAAAAAUGGAGAGUGGAAGAAGCAAAAAAUGUAUCCUGUGUUACCUCUUAUAUGAUUUUCAGCUCUUGGAGAUUAACACUGUAAUACUAGUAGUGUUGAAGAAGACGCAACGGCUGGGCAUUAUGGAAGUCUUGAUAUUACGGAUUGAAGAUCCGGGUUGCUUUUGGGUUACUAUGAAAGGAUGUGGGCCUUAUGUAGUUGAUGAAAUAGAAUAUAAAAAGCUGAAUGCAGAAAUGAAUCAGUUCUAUGACAAAUCUUGUGAAGCUGUGGAUGAAGUGAAGCCAAUAACAUUAGAAAAAGACCAGGUAAAAUCAUUGCUUUGUGUGGUUUUCAGUGAGGAGCUGAAGUGCUGGUGUAGAGCGGUUGUUAAGUCUAUCAUGUACUGUGCAGACCAUUAUCAGAUAGAAUGUUUUCUAGUGGAUUAUGCAAAAUAUACUUUUGUUAAAUCAAAGGACGUCCGAGUUGCAGUGGAAGCAUUUACGCAAAUCCCAUUUAGAGCAAAAAAAUGUAGAUUGUAUUGCACAAAGCCAGUGACAUUGCGCAUCAACUUUUGUGAAGAUACAGCAAAAAUAGUACCAGCCAAAAGAUGGGAUAAUGCUGCUACGCAGUAUUUUCAAAGUCUUCUGCAAGCAACUACCCAAAUCAAAGCAAAGUUAUGUACUGUGGAAGAUAACACAUUUCAUGUAAUUCUUUAUGUGACAAUAGAAGAUGAAAAGGUAUGCAUUAAUGAUGAUCUUGUUUCAAAGAACUUUGCUCAUUUUGAGGAAGCUGAGGAGAAUAUUCGAAGUCCAGCAAAAGAACAAGAGAACCAGACAUCAUUAAAUAUUGAUUCUCCUCUGAUAAAAAUUAAUCCAGCGCUUGCUCUCAGGCCAGUGCAGUUGCAAGAGAAGGUACCAAUGAAUCUUGAAGCAGGUCGUACUAUUUCUGGUUCUCUUGAAAAGACAUACCAAAGGUCAAACAUGGAUCUGAAGGAAAAUAAUGAAUCUAGAUUUCAAGACCUUUUUGAAAGAAGCUUUGUUUGUCUUAGCAACAAAAUUGAGCCAACUUCAAUUUUGGAAAAAGCACCACUUCAUGAUAAUCUGAAAAAGGAACUUGCUCAGGAAAAGUUUUUAGGCCCUAAUUUCACAGAAUCUUACUGUUGGCCAGCAGUAGCUCGAGGAUGUGACGUAGUUGCCAUCUCGUAUCAAGGAAAUGACCCUUUCUUAUAUAUUCCACCGGUUCUUGCUUUCUUGCAAGUGGAAAGCUGCUACAAAGCCUUGCCGAAAAGAAAUGGUCCGCUGGUGCUUAUUUUAUGUCCUGGCUGGAGGAAGGCACAGAUUGUUUUUGAGUUACUGAAAAAAUACAGCAGAUGCUCCAGACUGCUUCAUCCAGUGUUGAUAUUACUUGGGAAGAAAAAAGAAGAAGCUGAAGCAGUGAAAAUCCAAGGAUGUGAAAUAAUUGUGACUACACCAUAUAGCCUCCUGAGAUUGUAUGAAUAUCACCUUUUAUUGUUUUGUAGACUCUGCCAUCUUAUUUUGGAUGAAAUUGAAGUACUGUUCUCUGAAGCUGCUGAAGAGGUUUUUAUUAUAUUAGAUUACUACAAGAAAAACCUCAUUACUGAGGAAUGGAAGUAUUCGCCACAUCAAAUUAUUGCUGUUGGAACUCAGUGGAAUAAGCAUAUAGGAAGCUUAAUAAAGGAGUUCAUGAAUGAUCCUUACAUUGUGAUAACAGCUUUGGAAGAAGCUUCCAUUUAUGGAAAUGUGCAACAGGUUGUGCAGUAUUGUGUGAGCAGUGAGAGAACUGCUGUGUUACUCAAAAUAUUGGAUUUCACCCCUAAUAAUCUUCAGAAGGUGCUGGUUUUCACAAAUUCCGUAGAUGAAGUAGAAACAGUACAUAAGGCACUGAAGAGCAACUCAAUAUUUGCCUUCAAAAUACAUAAAGAAAUGGAGUUCAAUUUCAAGUGUUUCUUAGAGCAUUGGACAAAAAGCUAUAGCAAUGGCAGUCAUGUUGUGUUAGUUCUUACAGAUGACUGCAUGCAGUUCUUGGAAAUUACAGAUGCAUCUUGUGUGAUACAUUUCAGUUUUCCUUCUUCUCCAACAAUCUUUGGUCAACGUCUAUACAACAUGUCUGACAACUUCCAUAAUGUGAUAAAGGAUUCAUCUGAUCGGGACCAUCGACAGGCAAGGUCAGUCAUAAUGCUAACAGAAAACAGUGAGUGCCAUACUGUUGGGAUCCUGCACUAUUUGGAGCGUGCUGAAGCUCACAUUCCACCAGAACUGAGUGGUUUUCUGGCCAAGGUGUUAGAAGCUGAAGAAAAAAAGAAGUUUGCAAGGCCGUUGUGCACCUAUCUUAAAAUGUUUGGGACUUGCAAGAAUAGAGCAGUGUGUCCAGACCGUCAUCAGAUUGAUUUACAAAUAGACAUGCUCCAGAAUAUGCCAGAUAAAACUAUACAAACAUCUGGAUAUGUGACAGUACUGCCUCUCCACAUUGUAAAUGCAACGAACUACUUUGGUCGUAUAGUAGAUAAACAAAAGGAUCAAUAUGCCAUUCUUGCUGAAGAAAUGAAUGGGUAUUUUAAGGAGGCUAGUAAUAGAGUUGCUGUUCAAAAGGUAGAGAAGCUAGCUUUGUAUGGAUUCUGUGAGGAAACGGUCUUUCACAGGGUUCAGGUGGUAGAGACUUCUUCGAAAGAAGAUUUAUUCUUGGACAUGGAAAUUAAAUACAUAGAUGAAGGCAGAACUAGACAAGUUCAGAGCUCUCAGCUUCUUCACUUACCUGCAAGAUUUCAGCAUCUGCCACCUCAGGCUAUGGAAUUUAUAGUUUGUAGAGUUAAACCCAUUGAUAAUGACAGUGAAUGGAACCCAAGGGUAACUCAUUAUAUCCAUCAGAAAAUUGAAAGAAAGCCACAUGAAGCAAAAGUGGUACUUACUUUAGGAAACACGGUUUGGAUUGACCCGAUGGUCCGGGUUACCAGGCUUCCAGAUUUGAAGGUGUGUGUCAAUGAAUACAGCGUGCGAUCUGAGAUUUUGUCUACGGGUCUGGGAACUGAUAAUCCAGAACAUAUAUCGCAGCUUCAGAAGUUGUAUGAGCAUGUGAAGGUAUUAAGUCACAUGAAGAAUUUGGAGCCUUUAAGUGUAAAGGAGGAUACAGCUAGUCCUGAGAAUGUGUCUGAACUGCAGAACAUGUCCGUACAGGGAAAUUCUUCUGAAAACUGUAAUUCUUCUAAAAUGGCUGUGGGGAAUCAUCUGUGUGAUGGUGUUACUCAAACUAAGGAAGCAGAAGACUCUUCCCUGCAUCAGCAGAAAUGUUUUUAUCCAGAAAUACAGUGGUUUGAAAAUGAAGAGGCUGUUACAGUGAAGGUUAAAAUAGCAAGGAUAGCUGACUAUAAAUGUGAAUUCUCUAAGGAGAAGGUGAUUUUCAGUGCUUGCUCAGGGGGCAAAUUUUAUUUGGCUGAUAUGGAGUUGCAUCAGUGUAUACUUACAGAAAAGUCUGCAUGUGAGAUUAAGGAUAAAGAGGCUAUUAUUGUCCUCAGAAAAGAGAAAAAAGGAGCAUGGUGCAAGUUACUGAAGAACAAGAAUCCUCACGUGUCUUUUGACUUCGAACAUUGGGAAGAUUUUGAAGACAAAAGCCCUUUCCCAGUUGGUACUAAAAAGCUGUAUUGCACUGCUGCAGUAACGGAAGAACUGAUUGACUCUUCAGAAGACAGUAGUACAGAAAGUGAUGAGUAAUUGGGAGAUGCAUCUUUUUUUUCUUUCUGUUAAGGAUAACGUUGCAAAGUAGUAUCUAUUGCAUGAGAAUUACUCCCAGAAUUGAUGGAUCUAAAUGUAUAGAUUGCAGAAUUGUCUUUAAUUUUGGGAGGAAGAUGGUAAGCAAAGUCCUUACUUCUAAGCAUCUGAAGAAACACUCUACAGGAUAACUUCAUACAUAUUUUUCCGAUGUCUUCAGAAUUGUUGGCUUUAAUGAUUAUGUGCAAAUAUAUAUAUGUAUUGAAUUAAAGAGCUUCUGAGUUUGGUAUGGUAGCAGUAGUUAAUAAUUUUUUGGAGUUUCACAAGUUCUGAUGACAAGUCAAUUGUUUCUGCCACAACUUUAUAUGUGUACAGCAUCAGCUUUGUAAUUGCUUAUUUGUCGGUUCUGCGUGAAUAAAUUCAGAUGGCAAUCUGUCUUUGACUGGAAA